AUGCUUGACUUCGCCUACUGGCAAGACCAUCUCGACAACGGGGUGCCCAUCCCGAUUAUUCCGAGGGGGGCGCUUCCACCAUGGAACCGAGAACUCCUCGCACGCAGCCGCCGUGUCGUCCUCGCCUCGCUGACCAACCCUCUGUGGUACGCCCGAACCCCCGAAGCCCGUCUUGACUCGACCACGAGGUCCAUCCGGCGCCACAGCUAG